AUGAAUUGGAAUGUAAAUUCAGAGAGUACUACAGUGCCACCAUUGUAUGCUAAAAGUCAGUCAUCUUUUCUGCAACAGCCUUUAAUAAACCCACUUGCUUCAGCAUCUCAAAGUUCUUUGAACUUUCCUGGAAGUAAACAAGAAGCAUGCAUGUAUCCCUGUCCAGUUUCACAGCCACUGCUCAUGAUAAAGAAUUAUGCAAUUCCUCAACAAACUUCUGUUUCUGUUAUGCCUAAUGGGACAAGUGCACCCCUACAAGCUUCAGUAGAAAGAAAACCAUAUGCAAAUGUUCAAGGACCCAAGCAACUAAAUCACAGUUUGCAAAUGUCUUCAGGAGUUACACAAAAUAAAUGGUUGAACUCAACAGUAAGAAAUCCUGUGCUUUCUCAUACAAGGGCAACUGUUGUAUCUAAUCAAGUUGGUUUUGGAAUGAAUACAUCCAAUACUCAUGUAUUGCAGAAUCAAUUUGUAACCUCAGAUUCCUAUGCUGUGCAGCUACAAAUGAUCCCUUCUAAUCCUACACAAGGUCCUGUAAUGUCUCAAGGAAAUCAAGGACUUAAUCAGUCUUGUCAAGAGCGACAAAUUGACUGGGCACAACAGCACUCGUCUAGUGGAUUGACAUUUCCUGACUCUAGGUCACUUCCAAAGCAAUACUAUUAUUCACAGCAAAGCUUUUUGCAAGAUCCUACAUUUCAGAGACAAAACCCUAUGCUGUCUAAAUUGUUAGAUGUUAAAAAUAGUUCACAUCCACAUCAUGCACUGUUUUCUCAUUCACAGCAGAAUGCAUCUGUGCAGUCACCUCCGUAUGCAGUUCCUCAGUCUGAUAAUAUACCUCCGCCUCUGCCUCCGCCGCCACCUCCUCCUCCUUAUGAGUGUCGCUAUGCUAACCAACCUUCACAGAGUACUCCACAUGUUCCUCUGACUCAAAAGGCACACAUAUCUGAAAUAAUGAAAGAACUUUGUAGAGGCAUUCAACAACCAUGCCAGAACCGUGAUAAAGAAGUCAAUUAUAAAGUAAAUGGGAAAGUCAGCACAAAUGAAAGUUUUUAUAAUUUGACAGUUAAUCAGCCUGUUAAUAAUAAGCCAGUUCGAUGUGCAGAUGGUGUCCAGAUUUUAGUUCAAGAUAGUCAAGGUAAAACAAUGGAUUCUUGCAGUUCGACCUCCAACCAGCUUCAGGAUACAAAUGUCACAAAAGAAGGGUUAGCAAGUGAUAUUCAAAAAUUAGUGGAGAUGAAAAAGAAGUUUUUUGAACUUGCAAGGAAAAUUAAAAUAAAUAAAAAACUCUUGAUGGCAGCUGGUUGUAGUAAAGCUACUAAUGCCUCUCUUCGUGAAUCAACUCAGAAUUCUGAAUCAUCAUCAAAACACAUUUCCAAACUCCAUUCAGGGCUACAGAUAACCCCGGUAAAUUCCGAGUUUUCAGAGGGUCAUUCAGCUACUGUAAUGAGAUGUACAGAAGAAACAAGUCAAUGGAAUCCCAACAUUCAGGAAGUUAACUGCAGAAAGUUAACACAGGACAAUUCUAAUUCACCAAAUUCCAACUGUUCACAAAAGGUCUUAAGGGUAGACCAGUGUCAUGAUUUUCAGCCAUCUUUAAAGACAUCCCCUGUUGAAAUUACCCAGACGUUAAAUAAUAACACACAGACUUCAUCAGAAAAUGUCAGAAACUGUCAAAAUUUGCCAUCAAAGUCUAAAACCAUUACCACUCUGCAGUCAGUGUUUUAUCAGGAACUUUUUUCAGAACCUCCAAAUAAAAACACUUUACUCCAGUUUCUUACACCUAAGGAUCAAGCUAAGGAUGACCCAGUUAAAAAUGGAAGUGAAAUUAUUCAAGAUCCCAAAUCAAACAAUUUUAGAAUUAAUCAGCAUAUCCAGUUCACUAAUGAACCAACAAAUUUUAAAACCUUGGAAACUCAGAGUGCUCCUCAUGUAAAUGCCAUGGUUACAGACAAGUCCUUUUGUCUUGAUCAUAGAUCCUCUGCCAAUGAGAUGUCUUGCAAAAGUGAAGAAGUGCUGAAAACAUGUCUUUCUCUGUGGAAAAAGCAACCUUCAGAUCCAACAGAAAAACAAUGUAAUGAAUUAAGAACAAACGUAACAGUAGCUGAUGUUUCAAAACCUGUAGAAGUCAAUGAUAAGAUUGCUUGUACAAUUGUGGGAAAUUCUAAGAAUAGAAAGUUAAAUAAUACAGAACAGGAAGCAACUUUGCCAGUGGUGGUGCAGAAUUAUGAGUCUGCAGGUUCAAAUAUAACAAAGGGAUCUGAACUACAAAUUGCUGUGGUGUCACCUCUAAUCCUUUCAGAUGUCAGAACACUGUCUGCCAAAGAAAUGACACCUAUAGCCUUAACUGAAACAGCAUACCCAGUUAUUGAAGAGGGUAGUGUUUGCAGCUUACAGAAUCAUCUGAUGGAAAAUAUUAGUGUAGCUGCUGCUUUGAAAGCUCAUGAUAAUGAAUUAGUAUCUAAUACUACACUAUCAACAAAGAUAACUCCAGUAAUUCAAAAGGAAAAGCAUGACAAGUCAACUAAUUGUAGUUCGGGGCAGAUACCUAAUGACAAUCAAAGAAUGCCUAUCAAAUCAAAAUUAGAGGUCCACAUUGCCCCAAAUGAAGCCAUCAGCCCACAUGUAAGUGCUGAGCCAGCCAUGGAUGAACCAAAGGACAAUAUUGGUGUGAAUGAUGUUUUACAGAUUGCUAAUAUCUGUUCUCUUGUUGAAGGUGAUGUUUCUUAUAAUUCACAUAUAGCAAAGAUUUUCAACUCUCCCUGUUUCAAUAAGGUUGAGCCACAGAAAUCUUGUCUGUCUGAUCAAGUGAAGAGUUGUAGACAACAGAAUGAAGAAUUAGAUAAAACAGAAAAUAAGAACUUUGAAUUUCAAAAAGAUAUUGUACAGGACACAAAUGUUUCCCUUAAGAUAAAUGAUCAGUCAGAGCCAUUGCCAUCUUCAGAAUCAUCAUACACUGAAGCAAAGACAGAAAUUCUAGAGGAAAGCAAAAUGGAGUGUAUCAUUGAGAAAGAAAACAUAAGCAGUGUUACGCAUCCUUCAGCUGUCAUUCAACAAACAGGUCUAGAGAACGAUAUACCCUGCAGUUACACUUCCCAAGAUGCUUUAAGCAGUGAGAUUCUCGGUGAGAAGACAGAUGACUUAUAUCUACAAGAUCAGCUGUCGGAACUUUUAAAAGAAUUUCCCUAUGGCAUUGAUGUGCUUAGCUCAAAGAAAGGUUCUUUGGCCCCACAGAUAAUAGAGAAAGAACCGAAAGAUCAAAAUUGUCAUAAACCUGAUUGUGACUCUAGGGUCUCAACAGAUGAAAUAAAAAUUACAAUAAUAAGCUCAGAACAAAUGAAAGAACUAUUUCCUGAGCAGGAUAAUCAGCUCAGUGACAGAGACAGGUUAACAGAACCUCAGAUGGAAAACUCCAUCACAAAAGUAGAGAGCCAGUGUGAUACAAAAACAUGUGUAGAAGAAAAAAGAAGUCAUAGUUCUGUAUCCUCGAACAUGCAGAAAGAUGAUAUCCAUUGCUGUGCAUUGGGUUGGCUAGCUCAGAUAUAUGAAGGAGUUCCCCAAUGUCAGUGUAAUUCCAAUAAGAAUGUGGUUUCAGAAGAAGAAAACCAGCGUUCUCCUUUGAAGAGCAACAGUUACAAACAAGAGAUAAUUUCUGAUGGAAACACCCCUGUUGUUGAAUGUAUUAGUUUUCCAAAGAAGGAUCUGGAAACUUCUCUUCCAGAUAGGAAAAAUUGUUCUGAAAUAAAACAAGACAGAAAUACAAAAGAUCAAUGCAAAACAAAACAAAAGAACUUACUAAAGACACAAGAAGAACUACCUCAAUUUUCAUCUCAGUGUAAUGAAAAACUAGAUUCUCUGUCGAGUCACGAAAGAAAGCGAAAACUUGUAUUUCAUGAUGUAAUGUUUCAGCCCAGUGGUAAAUUGAUGAAAUGUGAGCAAGAUUCUCAAGAGAAAAAAGACAUGGCACAAAACACAUGCCCUCUAACACCAAAGCCUGUUAUUAUGGCAAAUAAAAGUAAAAUACAAUCAAUGUCACCUGAAAAGAGGAAAUUAAAGGCAGGUGGUUCCAAAUAUAAACUUUUGGAAAAUAGGAAGUCAGAUCUAGGAAAGACAUUUGACAUGGAGAGAAAGAAGAAAUAUGAUAAACAUGAGCAAAAUAAAAAUGCAGGGAAUUCAUUAAAGUUAAGUAAUUCCUUGUCUAAGGAGAGAACCAGUGUUAAAGAAAAGACGGCAUCAGUCGUAGAAGAAUCCACAAACCUGGAAAUCAAUAGCCACAAAAGCUUAGUGAAAUCUUCAAGUUCACAUAUUAGUAAGUCUUCAGACUUAAAGGAUAAUUCACACAAAACUAGCAAUAAAGUUUUAUCAUCAAAGGACUAUUUGCAGAAUAAUAAAGAAUCAAUAUGUAAAGCAUCAAAGAAAAGCAGUGUAAUUGAUAAAAUGAAAAGUAUACCAUGUGAUUCUGAAUGUGCAAGGCCUGUUAAACAUUCCAUGCAAGUGGAGAAUUGUGGGAAAUCCAAAGAGAAAAACAGUAGUAUUCAAACUUCUAAAGAACUAUUAAAUACUUCAACAGGUCGUGAUAAACCCCUCAAAAUCUACCAUCCUGAGAAUUCAAAAAUACACAAGAGUUCAAAAAAUGUUAAAGGAAAUGGUGGUGGAAAGCCACCUGAUAAAAUGUUGAUGGAUAAAACCAAAUCAGACAAGCACUUAACCAAUUUAAACAACGAAGGUGCAGUCAUUCAGAUUGAUCCCCAAGCAGAGGAUCAAAGGAAACUGUAUCUGAACAGAGUUGGAUUUAAAUGCACUGAACAUGAAAGCAUUUGCCUCUCAAAAUUAAACAGUUCAUCCAGGAAGUCUACUAAUGAUACACAGAAGAGCCAAGAAAAUAAACCUAAAAACUCAAUUUCUUUGAAAGACACCACAGAAAAAUCAUUGCUGAAGUUUAAGUUAUGUCCAGAUGUACUGUUUGACAAUCCACCCUCAGACCAAUGGAAGCAGAAGCCUAUACCUAAGAAAGAACAAGCACCUAUUCAAGUUUCAGGAAUAAAAAGUACAAAAGAAGCAUGGCUAAAAUGUGUUAAUACGGAGAAAAGGAUGCGGGAAGCCAGCCACCAAAAAAUAGAUAACAAUAUUUUGCCUAAAUCAAAACUGCCGAAGAGAAGCCUCAGUGCAGAAGGACUUGAGACAUCACAAAACCCAGUAAAAAGUUCAAAAACAAUGUUUCAAACCUACAAAAAGAUAUACAUGGAGAAGCAGAAGCCUUAUAAUAUGAUGUGA